GCACGUUCGGCACGUUCGUUCGUUUUGUCAGCGACACGCGCCAAAGAAACGUUUGGGCUUUUUUUUGUUUUUGUUUUUUUGUUUUUGGAAGGGCCGCGGGAGCAGUUUUGUGUGGGGUUUCUUCGCGACAACAAGACGCGAGAUGAUGCUGAACAGGCGCUGGAUGUGGAGGAUGGGGUUUCUCUUUCUCCUGACCAUGGCAGCGGUAAUAGCCCAAGGGCAGUCCGAAGUUGACCAAUCAGAUGUCGAUGAAGAGAUUGCCUUGGAUGAUGAGGAAAUGGAGCCUUUAGUCACUGAGGAAGAGGAGGAGGAAGAAGAGGAGGAGGUGGAGGACACUAAGGCAAAACAAACAGACCCUCAAAGCACAACCAAUGACAAAGUGUCCUUCCAAGUAACAUAUGAGACUCCUGUGGCGGCUGGAGAUGUGUACUUUGCUGAAACAUUUGAUGAUGGCUCACUUGGCAGAUGGCAGUUGUCCAAAACAGUAAAGGAAGAUGCAGAUGAUGACAUUGCCAAAUAUGAUGGGAAGUGGGCAGUGGAGCAGCUGAAGGAGAACAAGAUUCCAGGAGACCAAGGCUUGGUGCUCAAAUCCCGUGCCAAGCAUCACGCCAUUGCUGCCAUGAUGGACAAACCCUUUGUCUUCCGGGAUGAGCCCCUUGUCAUACAGUAUGAAGUGAAUUUCCAGGAUGGCAUUGACUGCGGUGGGGCUUAUGUUAAACUGCUUUCAGACACCGGUGAUGUCAAUCUGGAACAAUUCCACGACCGCACACCUUACUCCAUCAUGUUUGGACCCGACAAGUGCGGCGAGGACUACAAGCUGCACUUCAUCUUCCGUCACCUGAAUCCCUUGAACAAAGAUUUAGAGGAAAAGCAUGCUAAGAGGGCUGAUGUGGACCUCAAGAAGUUCUACACUGACAAGAAGACUCACCUCUAUACUUUAGUCUUGAACCCAGACAACAGCUAUGAGAUUUUCAUUGACCAGUUCAGCGUGAGCCGCGGCAACCUGCUCAAUGACGUGGUGCCUCCGGUCAACCCGCCUAAAGAGAUCGACGAUCCGAACGACUUCAAGCCAGAAGACUGGGACGAGAGGGCCAAGAUUCCCGACCCCGACGCUGUCAAACCUGACGACUGGGAUGAGGACGCACCUCCAAAGAUUGAAGACUCAGAUGCAGUGAAGCCAGAGGGCUGGCUGGAAGAGGAACCUGAAUACAUCUCCGACCUGAAUUCUGAGAAACCAGAAGACUGGGAUAAAGAGAUGGAUGGAGAAUGGGAGCCUCCGCAGAUCCCCAACCCUGCCUGUGAAAGUGCUCCAGGGUGUGGGCUGUGGAAGCGACCCAUGAUUAACAACCCUCAGUACAAAGGCAAGUGGAAAGCCCCACUGGUAGACAACCCCAACUUUAAGGGGGCCUGGAAGCCUCGUAAAAUCAUGAACCCGGAAUAUUUUGAGGACCUGCAGCCAUUCAAAAUGACGCCUUUCAAGGCCCUGGGCUUGGAAUUGUGGUCCAUGACGUCCGACAUCUACUUUGACAACUUCAUUGUCACCUCCCACAAGGAAGUUGCUGACCGCUGGGCCUCGGACAGCUGGGGUUUGAAGAAGCUCGUGGCCAGUGCUAACGAGCCCGGGAUUUUUGCCCAGCUGACGAUUGCAGCAGAGGAGCGCCCAUGGCUCUGGGUGGUCUACAUUCUGACGGUUGGUCUGCCCCUGGGACUUGUUGUGCUCUUCUGCUGGCCUAAGAAACCAGAUGAUUAUAUGUACAAGAAAGUGGAUGUGCCGCAGACUAAUGUAGAAGAAGAGGAUGAGGAGGAAGAGGAGGAAGAUGCAGCAGAUGGCACAGACAAGGAUGACAAAGAUAUCGAGGCUGAGGACGCGGAGGAAGCACCUGCAGUCUUACUUCAAACUAUAGCAAAAGCUCAGGACAACGAUGGUCCAAAUCCAAGAGCUGGCCAACCAGAGGGGAAUUGUGACAAUGAGGAUGGUGGAGAAGGGGAGGACGACGAAGAGGAGGAGGAGGAGGAAGAAGUAGAGGAAGAGGAAGAAGUAGAGGAAGAGGAAGAAAGCAAAGCUCCUGAGAGAACUCAAGAAGAGGAGGAGCCGGAUGGAGGCAGUGACGCUGCUGAGAGCAACAAACAAGCUGUGAGGAAGAGGAGGGUACGGAAAGACUGAGGUGACAUCUGUACCCGCUACCCCCUCCCUCCUUAGGGACAACAUGCAGGGCUGUCACUCGUUGAGCAGGACAGAACAUGCAUUUCCUCCAAUCUCCUGGUAGCCUCCAGUCAACCCGGUUGCCCCAUUUGCAUCUUUAAUCCUUCCGUGACAAAACUGAACCCAGUGGUGUCUUGCUUUUCAGAUCAUAAGUGUGUUCUGGUACAAAAUUUCAAUGUCUGCUUCAAAAUAUUCAUCAUCCUUGCUUACCUAUUGGCUGGUUGGAAGCCCACCAUGUUCGUCUCGCUCUCAAUUCAUUGAUCUGUCUCCUCAGAGUAAAGACAGUGUACAGCAUCUGUCCUUUGCUUUCAAUAACACGUUGAAGGGCACAAAGUCCUUCCUUGUUCAGUAUUUCCAGGCGGGGACGCCAUGUUGUGUGAAGAGGUGACCGCACUG